AUGGCUGCUCCUACCAUCAAGCUGAAUAGCGGCUACGAUAUGCCCCUCGUGGACUUCGGGCUGUGGAAGGUCAGCAAUGACACCUGCGCCGACCAGGUCUACAAUGCCAUCAAGGCGGGUUACCGCUGCUUUGACGGGGCGUGUGAUUACGGCAACGAAGUCGAAGCCGGCCAGGGCGUAGCCCGCGCCAUCAACGAAGGACUGGUGACACGCGAGGAGCUCUUUAUCGUAUCUAAGCUAUGGAACAGCUUCCACGAAGAAGACCAAGUAGAGAGGGUCUGCCGCAAGCAACUGGACGACUGGGGCAUCUCGUACUUCGACCUGUACAUCGUGCACUUCCCGAUCGCCCUGAAAUUCGUGGACCCGAGCGUACGGUAUCCACCAGGAUGGACAUCAGCCGACGACAAGCUGGAGUUCAGCAGCGCGACGAUCCGGGAGACCUGGACAGCCAUGGAGACGCUGGUAGAUGCGCAGCUGGCGCGCAGUAUCGGGGUCAGCAACUUCAACGCCCAGCUACUGAUGGACCUUUUGCGGUUUGCGCGCGUGCGUCCGGCUACCCUGCAGAUCGAGCAUCAUCCCUACCUGACGCAGCCGCGGCUGGUCGAGUAUGCCCAGCGUGAGGGUCCUGUUGUCACGGCGUACUCGUCGUUCGGCCCGCUCAGUUUCCUUGAGCUUGAGCUUGACGAUGCUCGCGAUACCCCGCUGCUGUUUGAUCAUGCCACUGUGGCGGCUAUUGCUGAUAAGAAUGGUCGUACCCCGGCUGAGGUGCUCCUGCGCUGGGCUACUCAGCGCCAUAUUGCUGCCAUCCCCAAGAGUAACAACCCCACGCGUCUGGCGCAGAACCUCCAGGUUACCGACUUUGACAUUGAGGCUGGUGAGAUUGAGGCCAUCAGUGCUCUGAACAAGGGACUGCGCUUUAAUGAUCCGAUUGCGGCCAACGCCAAGACCCACCGCGACGAGAUCGACAUCCUCCAUCUUUCGAUCCGCUCUUCUCUCCAAGUCGCAACCAUGUCCUCCCCCUCAGUUCUGGCGCGCCUAGCCUCAGGGCAGGUGCACAUAACGACGAGUCCCGUGCCACGCUCAUUGGGAGAGAGCAAGUUGGUGCUGGCAGCACUCCAGAAAUUCGGCGACGUGAUAACGUUUCGCAAUCUGAAGCCUACACUCGACAGAGCCCGGCCUAUAUAUCCACACAUACUGACACACGUGGAAACGCAGUACGACACCACAAACGACUCGAAAAACGACAACCGCUCGAUCGUGGCCAUCUUCGAAUCGACCGACGCCGCGCAGCGCGCCAUCGCCGCGUCGCCGUUGACGGUGGACCUGCCCCAGGACUCCUCGUCAUCCGUCUUAUCGAAAACAAAUGCGCCCUCCGAGCUGACCUGCACUAUCCAAGCCUCAUACCACAACCAUGAGCGCGCCAUGCGCCGCAGCCCGUUCUACUCUACGUACAAUAUAUUCAAGAACAAUGCCGUGUACGAGGACCUGACAGGAAGAGAAACUGGGAUCCCGCUGCCCGCGCUGGGCGAUGCGCUGGCUCGGAAGAAGUAUUAUAUCUCGAACCGUGUCAAGGAUAAAGUUCGUCAGGAGACUGAGUGCAUGGGUGCUGGGAGUUUGAUGGGGUUGUGGAGGGAGGGGAUGGAGUAUACAGAGGACAGCGGGUCGAAUGGCAGUGAAGAGCACAAGGAGACGCAGGGCGUGAAACCCGGGGAAUGA